AUGUUCAAGCAAAUCACCAUCCUCGCCGUCGUCGGCCUCGCCAGCGCCGCCAGCGUCCCGACCCAGUACCCGACUGCCUCCGUCUACAACAACUGCAAGUGGGACGUCUUCGUCACCGACGGCAAGACCCAGCACGACCUCCCGGCCGGCCAGGUCUACAGCAACGGCCUCCCCAAGGGCGGCGACAAGCACUCCUACAAGAUUGCUCGCGCGACCUCGGGCACCGACGUCCCCACGCUCGUCUUCUCCUUUGACAGCAAGAACGGCAAGGUCAGCUACGACCUGAGCGAGGUUCACGGCAGCCCCUUCAGCGGCUUCAAGGUCCAGGCCUCCGCCAACGACGACAAGUGCCCCAAGAUCGAGUGGGAGCACGGCGUUCCCGCCGGCCGCAACCACGCCACCUGCGCGGCCGACGUUUCCGUCGCCGUUGGCCUUUGCCUGUAA